GGAGCCGGGCAUGUUCAAACAUAUCCACGCAGACCAGCCUACCAAGCUCCACGGUGCGCUGUCAUUGCGCACGGAUUGGAUCUAUUCACUGACAGUUUUUGUGUAGGCUGCCAUUACAAAUGCUGUAGCUUCAAACUGAUAUAUUUUUUACCUGGUGGACUUUUAACACUGAUAACACAUGAGAUAUUUAAUUGAUUCAUCCUGAGGCACACCACUGCUGGACACUUCCUAAGUUUGGGCUCUGUCUGAGGACUGUGGCUCAGCGUGGCCAUGUCUCUCCCGGUGAAAGUGAUGAGAGACGGGAGGCUGGAGAAGCGCAGCAGCGGGCUCCUCCAGCUGUGGAAGAAAAAGCGCUGCGUGCUCACCGAGGAAGGACUGCGCCUGCACAACUGCAAAGGCGGCGGCGGCGACGGUGAUGCUCCGGGCUUGGCGUGGAACUCCAAAGCCAAGGAGCUCCGCUUCGAGCGCAUGGUCACGGUGGACUGUGUGGAGUACAAGCGGGGGCUGGUGUAUUUCACCGUGGUCAUGGCUACGGGGAAGGAAAUUGAUUUUCGGUGUCCGCAGGAAGGCACGGCGUGGAACGCGGAGAUUGCCUUGGCACUGGUGCGCUAUAAGAACCUGCAGGCCAUUCAGACCGGGAGGAACCGACACCUGUCCACAGCACACCUGGGCAGCACAGGGGAGGAUGUGGAGCUCUGAGGCUUUUCUAUUUUCCCGGGAGUGAACCAGUCAGAGUGGUGAGGGGUAGAAGACGCCAGAUCCACCGGCUUGAUUCUGUGGUGCACAGCAUGAUGGGAUAUACAGAACGGCCAACAGCUAUUACGGAUUAAUGGACUGAGAACAAGUGCUGCAGACACUCUUGUAUUCCUAUGAGCUUAAUCACACUGUCACACAAAGCAUAGGAACCUGAAGUACUGUAAGCAUGGAUGUGUUUUUUUUCUGCCAUUGCCUGACAGAAAGGAGAUCACUGCAUAAGGAAAAGAUCCCUUUUGGACAGAAACUAUGGAGCCGGGACACUGUUUACACCUGUAACUUGUGCCUGAAACAGGAGUCAUUUUGUUUCUUCAGUCUUACUUUUGAUGGAAACUCAUCGCCAGUUGACUGGCUUUGAAAACUUUUGUUAUAGACUGAAUAGAUUUGCAUGUUUUUUUUUAAAGCUGAACAUGAAGAAUAAGUAUUUUGCUCAUAUUAUUAUAUUCUAUAUAUUUGCUGCAACCGUGUACAGUA